CUGCGUAUGUAGACAGGGAUUCUGUCGGAGAUCUCUGGAUGGUGGGAGACGAGGGAUGCUCACAAAAAGACCCAUGCAAAGCUUACGAGGAACUGCUCCUAUGGCGGCGCACAUCUAUAUAUAUACGCGUCCCGUUCCCUCGCCGUUCGAGUAUUCGACGAAUUGUUCAACCCCACUCUGAGGAGGCGGAGAGAACGUGCGCUUCGAGGUGGCUAACCUUACACGAGACUCAGCCGGCAAGUUCAUCCAUCCCGACGGCGGAGAUGGCGGCGGCGAUGAGGUGGUAGUGCCGUCGGCGGUGGCAACGAGCAUGACAUCGUCGUUCGAGGAGUACGAGAUGGGGGUGAUGGUGUCAGCGCUAGCGCACGUGCUCGCGGGAGACCGUGGCACCGAUGCGGCGACUGAUAUAUCUGAGUCAACCUCGUGCAUGUUUCCGACGUCCUCGCCACCGUCGUGGGGCGAUCGGGGCGGGCAAAAGAGGGGGAGCGACGACUUCAAGCUUGAGGAUGUGGCCAAGCUCCGCAGAACUGUCGGGGAGUUCGGGGAGUCAUCAUCGACUCCGGCAGCAACGGAACAAACUGCAUCAGCAGCAGCUGCUGCCGCAACAGAAACGGCUACCCGUUCGACCACCGGAGGAACAGAGCAAGCAGGAGCGAGAAGAAGAUACAGAGGAGUGCGGCAACGCCCGUGGGGCAAAUGGGCGGCGGAGAUAAGAGACCCCCACAAGGCCGCCCGCGUCUGGCUCGGCACCUUCAACACCGCCGAGGCGGCCGCCCGGGCCUACGACGAGGCCGCCCUCCGCUUCCGAGGAAGCCGAGCCAAACUCAACUUCCCGGACGAGGCCCGCCAUCGGCAAGCGCCGCCGGUCGCUCCGUCCGUCCGGGCGCCGGACUCCGCCGCUCCCGCAGUGCCGCUGGAGUCCCUCCCGUUCGUCGGUCACGGAGCCACAGCCGUCGCCGUCGCCGCCGCCGCGAGUGACUCCUUGGCCUACGCGAGGCUGCUGCAAGGCGCAGGGGAGUACCAGACGAUGCCUCUCGCUUCUCUCUUGGAUCCAAUGAUGUAUUCCGCGGCUUCUGCUGCUUCCUUGGCCUCCUCCCAUUCAUUGCCUUCAUCUAAUCCAUCCCCGUUUGCAGUUCCUCCUCCUCCUCCUCCUCCACCAUUUCCUCCUCUGUUCUAUUCUCUAGAAAUGCCGCAACAGAUCGACUUCUUCCAACAUCCACCAUGGACGGAAUCCAGCCGCGAUCCGCCAUCUUCGUCGGGUUAACACAACACUCAUGGAGCUCGACAGAACCUGCCUUCCUCUGUUCAGUUCAGUCCUCCUUUUGUUCUUUAGGAUUCACACACGAUCUAUACAAAUUUAGUUAUAUUUGUUUCUUAUUUUGCUCCCAUUUCUGUUUCUGUCUUCGUCGUUAGAAAUUGAAAUGAAAAGAAGAUUGAUUCUUCUUCGAUAGAUUGAAUUAUAGGAACCCUGACUUCAAUUCUACUGUGUUAAUUGACCUUCGAUAGAUUGAGAAAUGAAAGCGACAGAAAUAGCAUCAGCUUUCGUUAUCCGCUGAUAUGUAUUUCCUUGUAUCCGCAGCUUCAUCGAGGAGAGAGCAAUGUCUUCGUAUUGGGUAUGCCUACCUAUCACUGUGACCUAACGAUUAAGGCACGAAGAGGGCGACGUAUUACACACCAAGUCUCAUUCCACUAGUCCUUUGGAUGCCAGGCAUGAUUCAUGAUAUAGACUCCGAUGCUCGAAACACAACUCUCGAAUCAAACUCAAAAUCCACUAAAUGUGAGACUACGCCAAGUUGUGAUCAGGUACAAGGACGGUGAACAUGACGUAUUGGCGUGCGUGUGUAUUUUGUUGUGCAGUGGGGCGUGUAUUAUAUAGUUUCUUAUUGCCUCUUGCAUCAUCGUAGGGUUUUGUGACGGAAAUGGAGACACCUUGGUGUCUAAUAUAUAUAUAUAUAUAUAUAUAUAUAUAUAUAUAUAUAUGUAUAUAUAUUAUUGUUGAGGUUGCUUAAGAUGGUUGGUUGGACUUUUUUUGCGACGACCACCGACUUGGUAAAAGGCCAGGGAAGCUGCAACGUGGUCGUGCACAGUGGGAGGGACUCGGUCAACACACGAUCUCUAGUUUCCUCGGUCGUGGAGAACAGCGCGGCUAACGCUGCAGUGGAGAGAUGGAGAGGUCGUAGGGCUUCGAAGGCCGUGCAGACACCAACGAGCCAACGUGUAGCCAUACGGAUCAUACCCAGUUAGAUACGUGGCCAGGGAAAAAUAUGCCCGCAUCAAGACAACUGAUCACCGAAUCGACUGCUCCACAUCGAUGCUUCCACCUGGAUGAGAUCCCGUUUGUACUUCCCCUAGAGUUUUCUAACAUGACGUCAAAGUGACGAUCAUCCGAGCAUGUGAUAUGGGAUAAAAGACCAAUUGUCUCCUGGACAGACGUCCCUUUCGUGGGAUGCAUUCUCAUCACAAUCAUUCAUCAAACAAUACUCCCCUACCAAGAAUUAGUAUCU